AUGGCUGAGAACAAGCUGUGGGCAGCGUUGGUCUUUACGAACACCGGCGGUCCAAACAGCACGAAAAUCCCGAAGUUUAUUCGGUACAAAAUCCGGAUGGACGCACGGAAGGUCGAUUCAACCAAGAGGAUCGAGGACAGAGUUUAUCACCCGGGACCUCGCCGUCGGCCUGCGAUCGACCUCAAGUACAUAACCUUCGGAUUCGCCUACCUCCAAGACCUGGUCGAACAAGCGAUAAUCUCGUUGCACACCGGGUGGACGAACAACACCGGUGUGUAUCUGCAACAGUUCCCGUAUCCAUGCUACAUCUUCGAUCAGUUCAUCGUCACGAUCGCGGAGUCGUUCCCCAUGUUCAUGGUCCUGUCAUGGGUGUAUUCGUUCUCCAUGAUCAUUAAAACUAUUGUCCGUGAAAAAGAGUUGCGACUCAAGGAAGCCAUGAAAGUGAUGGGCCUCAAUAACUCUGUCCUUUGGACCGCAUGGUUCAUCAACUCCUUCCUGUUCAUGUUCCUCUCGAGUGUCUUGUUGACGCUCAUUUUGAAGUUUGGAAAAAUUCUUGAACACUCGGAUCCAACGAUAAUCCUCUUGUUCCUGAUGUGCUUCGCCUGCGCUACGAUCACAAAGGCGUUCAUGGUGACGACGUGGUUCUCGCGAGCGAAUAUCGCCGCCUGUGCGGGGGGCAUCGUAUUUUUCACCCUUUACUUGCCCUAUCCGUUCGUGAAAUUGUGGACUCAUCGCUUCAAUAUACACGCCAAAGGCGCAGUGUCAUUGAUAUCAAACGUCGCGUUCGGUCUCGGUUGUUCCUAUUUGGCGCAUUUUGAAGAAGAAGGCACCGGCGUUCAAUGGCACAACAUUGCCCAGAGCACAAUGCCUCCGGACAAAUUCAGCAUCGCUCACGUGAUGGGAAUGUUGCUACUCGACUCGAUUCUGUACUUUUUGCUGGCGUGCUACACAGAAGCCGUUUUCCCAGGACAAUAUGGAGUGCCGAAACCGUGGUAUUUCUUCGUCACGAAGGCCUAUUGGACCGGAAGACCUGCAAUCAAAACAGAAUCCGAAGAUUCAGUAUCUUCGAAUGGGACCCAGGCAGGCGCUGAUUUCGAAGACGAACCUAAUGAUCUGACCCUGGGGGUUUCGAUCCGACACCUAACAAAGGUUUACAGCGGAUGCAAGAAAGCAGCUGUCAACAAUCUUAGUUUGAAUUUCUACGAAAACCAGAUCACGUCAUUCCUCGGUCACAACGGCGCCGGAAAGACGACUACGAUAUCAAUAUUGACCGGGCUAUAUCCACCGACAUCCGGUACAGCGAAAAUAUACAAUGACGACAUCCGAAACAACAUGGACUCGAUACGACACUCCUUGGGAGUGUGUCCUCAACACAACGUACUGUUCGACGAGUUAACCGUUCACGAGCAUUUGUGUUUCUAUGGCCAACUCAAAGGCCGUUCAGCUAGAGAAGCCGACAAGGAAGCGAAGGAGUUUCUCCGCGAUCUCAACCUAACCAACAAGCGAAACGAAUUUUCGGCAGAGCUCUCCGGAGGGAUGCAGAGACGUCUGUCGAUUGCGAUCGCGUUCGUCGGAGGCUCUAGGACCGUGAUUCUUGAUGAACCGACGGCGGGAGUUGAUCCGUACGCCCGUCGAGGAAUCUGGGAGCUUGUGCUCAAGUACAAAGCCGGUCGUACCGUGAUCCUCACCACACACCACAUGGAUGAAGCCGAUCUAUUAGGAGAUCGCAUUGCGGUGAUAAACGAAGGUCGAUUGAGAUGCUGCGGCUCCUCAUUGUUUCUGAAAACUCGUUUCGGAUCGGGUUACUACCUGACCCUCGUUCGGGAUGUUCCUGACUUUUCAGCGGGACAUGAUGCCGUUCCAGUGGAUAACCUCAAGGCCUUGAUCCGUCGUCACAUCGAGGGCGCUGCACUUGUGAGUUCGACUGGUGUCGAGAUAUCGUUUCGUCUUCCGGCCUGUCCGGAUACUUACGCAUCAUUUGAAAAGCUAUGCAAGGAACUCGACGCCAAUCUGGACAAAUUGGGCGUCAGCAGCUACGGUCUCUCGGAUACCACGUUAGAGGAGGUUUUUCUCAAGGUGACCAAGGUAGGCGAAUCAGCGGUGAAUAUUCAUACGGGCCAAGUCUGUGAGGACCACGAUCCUUCCCCGCCGUUCUGGCGCAAGGUAGCCAGUUUCUUCAGCGGUCUUCAAGAAAUGCGUUCAAAAUCGAGAGACACUGAACCCUCUGAAGAAACCGGUCGACUCACCCAAGAUUCCGCUGGGGCCAAUCGACCUGAUUUAGAUCUCCCCACGCCCGCCUCCAAGGAGGUUAUUAUUGGAACACUUUUGCGACGCCGGCAGCUGGCGGCAAUGUACCGCAGAAGAUUGAUGCGGAACACCCGGAACUUGAAAGGCGUCUUCUGUGAAAUCAUACUUCCGGCGUUUUUUGUCUUCCUGGCUCUUCUGUUCACCCUCCUGAUCCCUCCCCUGUCCGAGGAACCAUCUCUAGAACUCCUCCCCUGGCUCUACGGUCCUCCUAGUUACGCCUUCUUUAGCAACGAAGACGUGACUGAUCCUCUGAAUGAGAAAUACGUGGACACGCUGCUGACCAAACCCGGACUGGGGAUCCGCUGCAUGAAAGACAUGAAUCUGAAAGAUAUGCGAUGUGAGUCCGAUCGAUGGGAGAACGUCUCAACGCUGGCCGUUCCUUACGACUUGGAUACUGCAAACGAAGUCGUGGGCUGUGACUGCUCCGUCGGAACUAUGACGUGCCCCAAGGAGCCGCAUAAUCCGCCUGCGCUCCGAACACCCACGACAGACGUCAUGCUGAAUAUGACGGGAAGGAAUAUCUCGGACUGGAUAGUAAAAUCUUGGAAACAAUAUCACAAACGCAGAUACGGGGGCUUUCAAUUCGGCAUAAAGAACCCCGUCGUUUCCUUGGACUACACAGUUUUGGAACUGCUAGCCGAGCGUCUGGCGGAUAUCGGGGGUUUCAACUCGCGAGCCACAUUCGAACCCCUCGCCAAGCGUCUCAGUAGUAGCCAAGUGCUGAAUAACGCGAAAGUUUGGUUCAACAACAAGGGAUGGGCGUCGUCGGUGGCCUACAUGAACGCUCUGAACAACAUUCUCCUUCGGGCAAAUCUUCCGCCUGGAGAAGAUCCUUCCGAAUUUGGCAUCUCCGUCAUCAACCACCCAAUGAACUUCACGCAAAACCAACUUCAGGACGAACUUCUCAAACGUGGAGGACUAUCGUUGCUGCACGCGACAUGCGUCAUAUUCGCCAUGUCAUUCGUCCCUGCGUCCUUCGUGAUGUUCUUGAUCGAGGACAGAAUCUCCGGCAGCAAGCACCUGCAGUUCGUGUCAGGACUCAAACCCUGGCUUUAUUGGUUGGGCCAAUACUCUUGGGACAUAUGCAACUACGUGAUUCCAGUAUUCCUGUGUGUUGUUAUAUUCAUGGCAUUCAACGAGGAAGCCUACGUGUCUAAGGAUAAUAUCGGCGCCCUGAUUCUGUUACUGUUAUUAUACGGCUGGUCGUCUAUCCCUCUGAUGUAUCCCUCGUCCUUCUUCUUCGACGUGCCGUCAUCGGCAUUCGUUUCCCUAUCGUGCGGGAACAUGUUCGUCGGAAUCGUUUCGACUGUCGCCACAUAUGUUCUCGAGCUCUUCGACGACGAUGAACUCCUCUCGAUUGCGAGAAUUUUGAGGAAGGUUUUCUUGGUUUUCCCUCAAUAUUGCCUAGGCCGUGGCUUGAUGGAUAUGUUUGCAAAUCAUCUAACGGCCGCAGCGCUGGCUCGCUUCGGCCUGAAAACUUUCCGCCAUCCUCUGGAGUGGGAUUUCCUCGGCCUGAAUUUGGUUUGCUUGGCCGCCCAAGGAAUCGUUUACUUCAUAUUCGUACUCCUGCUACAAUACCGAUUCUUCUUCUCGAAGAGACAAAUCCGAACCUCAUUCGACGCCUCAGAGCCCAUGGAUGAGGAUGUUGCCAUGGAGAGACAGCGCGUGCUCGGAGGCUGCGCUCAGGACUGCAUACUGCGGGUGGAAAAUCUGACAAAAGUUUACAGAGUUGGCCAGCACGCCGCUGUGAACCAUUUAUGCGUCGGAGUGAACCCCGGCGAAUGUUUCGGACUCCUCGGAGUGAAUGGAGCCGGGAAAACCACAACUUUCAAAAUGCUCACGGGAAACACGACGGUUACGGGAGGCAACGCUUUCAUAUGCAACUACAGUGUCAAAACCGAGAUCGACCGGGCCCGUCAGCGGGUGGGUUAUUGUCCACAGUUCGAUGCCAUUGAUCCUUUGCUGACGGGCUAUGAACAUCUGGAAUUCUAUGCUCGACUACGGGGCGUCCCCGAAAAACAUGUCGCCAGGGUGGCAGAUUGGGGUAUUCGCAAGCUGGGCUUGCGGAUGUUUGCCCACCGGUGUGCCGGAACUUAUUCCGGGGGAAAUAAGAGGAAGCUAAACACUGCCAUUGCCCUGGUAGGCAAUCCUCCCUUAGUCUUUCUGGACGAGCCGACAACGGGUAUGGAUCCGAAGAGCCGUCGCUUUUUGUGGGAUUGCAUAAUCGACAUUGUUCGAGAGGGUGGUCGCUCCGUAAUUCUGACUUCUCAUUCGAUGGAGGAGUGCGAGGCCCUCUGCACGCGACUCGCUAUCAUGGUCAACGGUCAAUUCCGUUGCCUAGGAAGUAUUCAACACCUUAAAAACAAAUACGGGGCCGGCUACACCGUCACACUCAAGAUUUGCGCCGCCGUGGAUACAGUAAUCGCCUACGUGGACCAGGUAUUCACCGGCAAGGCUCUCCUUAAGGAGCACCACCUCAACCAGAUGCAGUACCAAAUAGAUCCAAGUGUUCCCUUGUCGGACAUAUUCCGUAAUCUUGAAAAUGCUCGCGCCGAAGACUCGAAUCUCCUAGAAGAUUACAGCGUUACGCAGACAACUCUGGAUCAAGUUUUUAUAAGUUUUGCCAAGCAGCAAGGAGAUGUAUCUGCGCCAGAACUUCCGAAACAGAGUCAUCAACACAGUUUCUCCGGGAAGUCGACCAACGGCAAGGGUUUGCGGCGUAUGAACUCGAAGAAGGCACAAAGCGAUAUCGAACUACGUGUUAUAGACGGCGACGAAGGGGAGGUCGCGAGAGUUUGAAGUCGAACCCUGAUUUUAUCUUUCCAAUAGGCGAAACAAUCAUAGAACUUUUAUACUUUCUGAGAUUUAUGAUCCACUAACACUGGGAGAUCCGGUGAUCUGAAAGGCAAUGGAGAGGAACUGAGCAUUGAUCCUCGACGGGACCAGUUCCAGUGUCCUAUACAACCCCACAGCCACGAUUCCAAAAAGCUUAGUUAGCUUCUCGAUCAGACGUGAGCGCACUCAUGCUUCCUAGUAGAAAGCAAUUUUUCGUUCACCGAAGACACAAACAUAGGCUGGAAACUUCUCUAAACUCAU